AUUUGAUUUUGUAAAAUUAAGAUGUCACUAAGAUAUUACCAUAAUAGUCAUUGUUCUCACUUUUAUGACGUAUACAGCCUUUUAAUAGCGUAUGCGUACAGUCCAAUAGACGUCAUAAUUGUGUAAAUUUUCCUAAGAAGAGUAACUUUUACUAAUUACAACAGCUGUUUUUGUUAUUGUGGCAUAUUUUAAUUAAUUUUGAUAAGAGCCAAAUUAUAAUUAUAUAAACAUAAUCAUUCUAUUCGACCACCUGUUAAGACAAACACUACCUUUAAAAGAAAGUACGUAAAUCAAACUAAGUCUUUCCCUAUAACCACAGUGCAUCCGUUAAUUAACCUAGACAGCACGUUUCACACCCAAAAAAAGCUCAUAUUAAUUGCCUAUCGUUUCCUUCCUAAGUAUCUAGACGUAUCAACAUAUGAUACCGAUUCAAUUUGACACUGAAUUCUACAUAGCCGACCAACUGAGUCCCAGCUUUCACCGUCCUUCACACUUCGUUCGAGAGUGAAAGAGAGGUCCGAUCUUGUAGUUUUCCUUUCUCGCCCACUGUUAUACGUCAGUGCACAUUUCUCCGGGUGCUAUCGAGGCUUACAACAAAUCAGUGUCGCUGUUACUACGGUGUCGUCUGCGUUUUUAGAUCCGUUCGGUGUGAACUCGUAACAAUUGUAAUUAUUAGAACGCGGACCAGUGGAUUUCGAAGUGUUGAAUAUAUAUUUUUUUAUUGAAGUUUUUAAUCAGAAGGCAGGGAGUCAGCCUUCAAGAUGAAGCUCUCCCUGGUUUUCGAGUUACUUCUAAUAUUCGUCCUACUAGCGUUUGCAGCUUCGAAGAGUGUCAGAAAGGAAAAGAACAAUGCAAAGAAGGAGAUCCAGAAUAGAAAUGAUGAGGUGAAACCAGAAGAGAACGCUAUCAAUAAGUACUGCAAGUGUCUCGAAGAUUACUGCAACUGCUGCAGGGAUUUCCGACUACCACUCGUUGAAUUGAGCGGACCAGGAUGCGCAUCCCUGAUGUACCUCAACGGCGACAAGAUGGCGGUUUCAUUAAGUUUCGGAAAGAAGGUCAUCACAAACCGGACUCUCUCGAGUCGCAAACCAAGUCCAGUCUGCAUGCCGUUGCCCGGCGGUGUCUCCAAAUUUUGUGGUCGUGUUUACAAUAUCGCCAGGGCUGGUGAAGAAUUCAGGGCCUGCCUCGGCUUGGAGCUUCAAUCGAAGAGUACUGUAGAAGCUGCCGUCAGAGUGUCCUGCUUCAAGUUUGGACCUAGAGGCGUGGUCUCAGAGGCAGCUGACCCAUUGCCUUUAGUCCCUCAAGAUGAAAAGACUGAUGAUGACGAUGAUGAUUAUGAAGAUGAUGAUGCCUUUGGUUUAGGAGGCACGGAUGACGAUGAUGAUGACGACGAUGACGAUGAUGAUGAUGAUGACGGCACCCUCGAUGCCGUAAACGACGUAGGCAGCACGGACUAUACAGGUUUCAGUCUUCUAGGAGAAGAUAUAUUAGGAGACCUGUUCGGUUCCUCUGGAGGAAAAAAAACGAAUAAAAAUAAGAAGAAACAAGCACCCGCACCCACAACCACAACUACGACUAGACGUCCCAGGCCAUCGAGAAGGCCGUCGAGACGUCCUGGUACCAGAACUACAACACCACGACCAGUUCGUUCCACUACCUUGAGAAAUAAGCCUUCUGCCGGCAACAGGCGUCCCACCCGCAGACCUAACAGGAAGCCGACAAGAAAACCUACAACUCAAGCCAUAACUACUUCCAUUCUCACAACAACUACAACUACACUAAAACCUGUGCAAAGCUCAGUGACAGCCGCAGUUCAGACAACAGUACGCAGUCCGGUCAUGACCACGAUAAGCGAAGAAAAUGUCCAACCCAUAUCAAUGAUAACUGCUAACUCAUCACCAGUCGCAUCUGCAACUACUCCUAAAAGUGUCACCGAUUUCGAAGACCCAGGACUAGAAAUGUCACUGGCACAUAUUACUGGUCAAUUGUCUGCUAUGCCAGUAACUCCAAUGAUUUCAGAUCAAGGUAAAGAUUCUGGUGAAAAAAAACAAGAAGAACAGCCUAGUUAUGAGAAAGUACUGACCAUUACACCCAAGACACCAUCAACCGUUAGUUUUAUUCCCACGUCAGAGGAAGGUGUUAAUGAAGAUAUGAUUCAAAUCGUUCAGAGUCUUGACUCAGCUUCAGCUGAAACUAUGCCUGAACGAGAACCGAUUUCUACAGACGAAAGCAGAGGUCAUUUCCACCAGUUUCUUGCAACUGAUGCUGAAAACACUCACGAAGACUUAACCGUACCAAAAAAGAAACACAGGAAUAAGCAGUUUCACUUCGAUGACUUGGAUGUUCUAAAUCUAAGUCAAAUUGGACAAACUCUGGGUGAUGAACUGGGAAUCUUUGGCAAAAAUAAAAGGCAUAACAGAGAUCAUAAAGACACAAAAGUCCAGGCUGACAAAGAAAAAGACCAGGGCAAUGAUUAUGAUGACUUCGUGGAUACCAUAAGCGACGUAGCUUUAAUGAUGAGAAAGGACCAUAAGAACCGAAAAGAUAGGCGAAGACAGAAUAAAAUGAUGCGUGGUGAAUGGUCACAAGCAUGACGUCAUAGUCAGAUUAGAUCUAAGUAGCUGUAGAAAUUAUUUAUUUUUGUACUAAAUUAUUUAUUGUGUGUGUUGUAAAUAGAAAAAACUGUAUGAGA